AUGGAAGUAUCAAGAAUGAGUUUCGGUCUCAGAAGUUCCCUUCACGCUUGCAAAGUUCCAAUCUGUCUUAAGACCAAAGUCUCCCUCGUUCCUCAAUGUUUGCUUCCAAAAAAAACGUCUUUCUCGAAGCAGAAGAAACACGAAUUGUUCUGUGUGAGGGCUACUAAGAGUGCUAGUGAUGAUGAUCUGGAGAGUAGUCGUCCUCUGACUCAGUUUUUCCCCUCUUUUUGGGGAGAUUUUUUCCUCUCCUUCUCGGUUGACCAAUCCGAAUCUGAUGGACUAGCAAAAGAGAUUGAAUCUAUGAUGAAGCCAAACGUGAGAAACAGACUCAUGUCUCCUCACAUUGGCGACAAGGAGAAGAUUCGUAUAAUUCAUCUGCUUAUCAGCCUCGGCAUUUCGCAUUACUUCGACAAGGAAAUCGAAGAGAUUCUAGAUCAAGCUUUUGGGAAAUUGAAUGACAUAAUAGCCAAGGAAGAUGACUUGGAAACCAUCUCACUCAUGUUUGAGGUCUUUAGACUAUACGGUCACAAGAUGUCUUGCGAUGCCUUCGAAAGAUUCAAAGGCGAAGAUGGGAGGUUCAAGGAGAAUCUAGCCGGAGAUGUUAGAGGAAUGCUACAGCUGUACCAUGCAGCACAAUUUGGUACACCCUCUGAAGAUAUAAUAGAGGAGGCCCUGAGUUUCACUAGAAACCAGUUGGAGUGCUUUGCAGUCCAAGAAACGAGUACUCUUCCUCCCCAUCUUAUGACACAUAUUCGCAACGCCUUGUAUAGAUCUCGAUGUCAUAACAUGGAAAUACUGGCCGCAAGAGAAUAUGUUUCUUUCUACGACCAUGAAGAAGGUCAUGAUGAGUUGCUUCUUAGGUUUGCAAAGCUCAGCUUCAACUACUGCCGACUGCUUUACAUCCAAGAGAUCAAAACUCUCACCAAGUGGUGGAAGAACAUAGAUGUGCCCUCGAAGCUUCCUUACGUGAGGGAUAGAAUUGUGGAAACAUAUUUCCCUGCUAUAGGGGUAUAUUUCGAGGGGCCACGUUAUUCACUUGGGAGAAUUAUAAUGACUAAAAUUAUCAUUAUCGGGGUCAUUUUGGAUGACACCUGUGAUGCAUAUGGAACUUUUCCUGAAGUUAAAAGUCUCAUUGAUUUUUUGCAAAGGUGGGAUCUUGGUGCCAUUGAAGAAUUACCAGGAUAUUUAAGAAUAGUCGCCCGAACUUUAUUGGAAACUAUGGGAGAUAUUGAAAGAGAGAUGAAGCCCCGAGGAAGAACAGCUAGUGUACAACACACGAUAGAUGAGUUAAAGAGCCUAGGGAGAGCAUACCUAGCAAUAUCAAACUGGGCACGUGCAGGGCAUGUGCCAACUUUUGAGGAGUAUAUGGAGGUUGGGAUGGUCGCCGCGGGGAUGGAUGAUUUUGCAUCAUACAGCUUUAUAGCGAUGGAAGAUUGUGACGAGAAAUCAUUCUUCGAAUGGCUUAACUCCAAGCCCAGAAUCUUUCAAGCCUUGUGUGCUAUGUACGGUGUGACAAACGACAUAGCCACCUACGAGUUAGAGAUGAAGAGAGGAGAGGUGGCAAAUGGGGUCAACUGCUACAUGAAGCAACAUGGUGUUACUAAAGAAGAAACCGUGGAAGAAUUUAAUAAGAUAUAUAGAGAAAACCAAAAGAUAAUAAUGGAGGAGUUUUUGACGACAGUGUGUGUACCACGACAGGUCCUGAUGCGAUGCCUCAACAUUUCUCGAACGUUUGAUGUGAUGUACAAGGAAGGCGACGGAUACACUGAACCCCUUGGAAAUCUCAAAGACAUCAUUACCUCUUUGUUCCUCCAUCCAAUUCCCCUCUGA